AUGAACGCGUUCGGGGUCGAUGGCCUGGGUGAUGACACACAGAGGGGCUGUGAAUGCUGUGCUGAAGUUCCAGACACCAGCCACUGGGUCCUGGUGGAGCCUGAGGUCUCCACAGAGAAGAGUAUCUCAACCUACAGUCUGAGGUCUGCUGCAGGGAGCUAUGAGUGCUCAGAGUCCAGCCUGCGCUGGUCGUGUGGUGGUCCAGUCACCCUGCAGUAUCGCUUCAUGGACUGGUACAUGUUUACUGAAGAGCUGGCCCGUAUGCAGUGCAGUCCAGCUGGUCCUCUGAUGGACAUCAAGCUCAUGUCGGGAAAGCUGGAGGAGAUCCACCUGCCUCAUUUCCUGUGUUUGGGAGGGUGUCAGCCUGCUCUGAAGGAUGCUGUGAAGGUUCUGCAUCAGCAGGAUGGUGGAGUGUAUCUGGAGACGUGUGAGCUGAGUCGCUCCCAUGCCAGGCUGGUGAACCCCUCCUUCUCCAUUUUUGGUAAUGUUCUUCCUGACAUCACCUCCUGGCUAUUUGCGGUGCAUGCCAUGGUGUUUGUGUACCACCAGAGCAGCAUUUCUCACCAAUUCCGCUGCUACCUGCUGCCUGAGGAUCCCAAACUGAUAGAGAAGGUGAAGGAAGAAGAGAAGGAGUUCAGGGGUGUGAGACAGGCUUGUCCACAACCAAACAACUCUCUUCGGAUUAAUGAAUUCUACAGACUGUGUGCAGAUCAGUCUACUGAUUGCGUCCCUAAAAUCAACCCAAAUGAGCUGAUGCUGAGGUACUGUCGGGCUCUCCCCGAAUUCUUCCAGGUGAAGCUUCCUGAUCCAGCACCCAUCUCCCUCCACCUGCAGCUCUUCAGUUCAGCCAGCAGGGGGCAGCAGGCCGUGUGGAGCGCAGAGUUCCAGACUGGCACACACGAUAGGCAGACCAGGAGCAGAGGCCUGACAGAAGCUCAACGGGCAGUUUGGGAAGCAGAGAUCGAGGAGACGGAAUACUUGCCCCCUCAUCAGGGCACCGCACAUGCCUCCAGCCGAGGUCCCCUCUCCACCCUCCCCCGUGGAGCUGAGCCUGUUGACACUCACACUGCUGUGGACCAGGCCAUGGGCUGUCAAGACGUUCAGACACCUGAGUGCUCAAGCAGAGGUCUGAGGUUGAGUGCCAGAACACAGACUGUGGACCUCUUCAGUACGUUUGAUGAGUUGCGGUGUAAGGAGCUGAAGCGGUUCAAGGCAUACCUGUCUGAAAAGAUCAUGGAGGGCUUUGAGCCCAUUCCCAGAGGACAGCUGGAGCAGUGUGAUGAGACAGACCUGGCCUCUAAGAUGAAGGAGAGGUAUGGGGAAGAAGGGGCUGUGAGAAUGACUCUGACCAUCUUGAGGAUAAUGGAGCUCAACGACCUUGCCAACAGACUAGAGCCAGGUGCUCUGGGCCUACGCGAGUGGCAGGACGAGUCCCCGGGUGGUGGAUCUACUUCGGUGUCCAGCUGUGUGUGCAUGAAGAGUCCAUGGAUGAACCAGAGAUCAGAAAGACGGAUCCUCCUCCUGAGAGGUGAGAUCACAUGA